CACAUGGAUUCAGACUUGGAUGGUUCUCUCAAUCUCUGUGGAUCUAACGUGUAGACUUCGCUCAUACACUCAGCCAGGGGGGAGGAGGGGGGAAGAAGGUGGAUUUUUACCGGUCGACCUCUCUGCCCCUCUCUCUCGGUUCUCUCUGCGCUGUCUGUGUGCCGAAAGCCGACGGUGACUGUCGCUUGUUUAACAAAUAAGAAAGGGAAUCGAGGGCCCACAGGGUAAAACAAACCCCCAUUUUCUGAUUCGUUUACGCGUGAAAAUUGGUGCAAGUGCAGCCAGCCAGCCUCUCCUUCCCUCUCUUUCUAUCUGCGCGGCGUGUAUAGAAAGGUGCAUAUAUAUUUUAAUAAUUUCCCAUAUUCCUGCGGUCCGUCCUCCCCACAUGGGCCCGUCCCUCGCCUCGUUUACUCCUCCCUCGACUUCACCAUUACCCAUUGUCCACUGCCCACUACCAGACUCUCGCUGAGCCGAUUCCCCAUCUCUGAAAUCGAUUCAUCCGGUGUCGGUGGAGUCAAAACAGAGGGGACCAGCCGUGGAGGAAGGAAGGAAGGAGGAAGCAAGAGGGGAGAAAAGAGGAGGGAAUGGCAGGCUAACAUUGAUUUUUUCGUUUUCUUUUUGGGUUUCUUGGGUCUUCUUUACCUUGUUUUUUAAUAUUUACUUCAAUGUGGGUUUUUUAAUGGUUCAUCUUUUUGGGGUUAUUGAUUAUCUCUCAAGAUUAAGGUUUCUGUACAAUCAUUUUUAAGUGGGUGUUGGGAUUUCAACAUUUAGGGGAGGAGGGAGGGGGAGAAAGAGGAGAGAGAGAUUGCUCCGUUCCUCCUCCGCUGGUUUCUUCUCUAGGGUUUAUGGCUACCAAUGGCCGGCUUAUUGCUGGCUCUCACAACAGGAACGAGUUCAUCUUGAUCAAUGCCGAGGAACUAAGCAGGCACAAUGAAGGGAAAGAAUUGAGUGGGCAAAUAUGUCAGAUAUGUGGUGAUGGGAUUGAGAAAACAGUGGAUGGAGAGCCUUUUGUGGCCUGUAAUGAAUGUGCCUUCCCCGUCUGUAGGACUUGCUAUGAGUAUGAAAGGAGAGAGGGUACUCAGGCGUGCCCGCAGUGCAGGACUAGAUACAAACGUCAUAAGGGCAGCCCUAGAGUUGAAGGGGAUGAGGAGGAAGAUGAUGUUGAUGAUUUGGAGAAUGAAUUUGGUUUUACAAAUCAUGGAGAUCAACGAGGUUCUCACCAUCUUGUGGAGUCAAUGUUGAAUGGCCAUCUUCAUGUUGGUCACGAGGAUUCUAGAGAAGUCCUUGGAACUCAGGGCUCAUCCAUCUCUGACAUUCCACUUCUCACAUAUAGAGGCGAGGAUGUUGGGGUUUCUCCUGAUAGCCAUGCUCUUAUUGUACCUCCAUUUAUGGGGGGUGGCAAGCGUGUUCAUCCAAUGCCAUUUCCAGAUUCUUCAUUGUCUUCCGUGCAGCCUAGACCACUGGAUCCCAAGAAAGACUUGGCUGUCUAUGGAUACGGAAGUGUGGCAUGGAAAGAUAGAGUUGACGAGUGGAAAAAGCGGCAGAAUAAACUGCAGAUGGUUAAACAUCAGGGUGAAAAUGGUGGAAAUCCAGAUGGUGAUGGACCUGGUGAUCCAGAUUUGCCCACGAAUGAUGAAGGAAGGCAGCCAUUGUCUAGGAAAGUUCCCAUUCCUUCAAGCAAAAUCAGUCCAUACAGAUUGAUCAUUGUGUUGCGGCUUGUGGUCCUUGGCUUCUUUUUCCAUUACAGACUACUUCAUCCUGUCGAAAAUGCAUAUGGGCUGUGGCUUACUUCAGUUAUUUGUGAGAUAUGGUUUGCUCUCUCUUGGAUUCUGGAUCAAUUUCCAAAAUGGUACCCUAUCGAACGAGAGACAUACUUGGAUCGACUGUCAUUGAGGUAUGAGAGAGAUGGCAAACCGUCAGAACUUGCUGAUAUUGACAUCUUUGUCAGCACAGUGGAUCCCAUGAAGGAACCUCCACUAAUUACUGCAAAUACUGUUUUGUCCAUUCUGGCUGUCGAUUACCCUGUUGAGAAGGUUGCUUGUUAUGUCUCGGAUGAUGGUGCAGCCAUGCUUACAUUUGAAGCACUUUCUGAAACAUCUGAGUUUGCUAGAAAAUGGGUCCCUUUCUGCAAAAAAUUCAACAUCGAACCUCGGGCUCCAGAAUGGUACUUUGCUCAGAAAAUUGAUUAUCUUAAGGACAAAAUUCAUCCAGAUUUUAUCCGCGAACGACGUGCAAUGAAGAGAGAAUAUGAGGAGUUUAAGGUUCGCAUAAAUGGGCUAGUUGCACAAGCACAGAAGGUCCCUGAAGAGGGUUGGACCAUGCAAGACGGGACUCCAUGGCCUGGAAACAAUGUACGGGAUCAUCCAGGAAUGAUACAGGUUUUUCUUGGGCCUGAUGGUGUGCUUGAUGUGGAGGGUUGUGAGCUACCCCGCUUAGUGUAUGUUUCUCGUGAGAAAAGACCUGGAUUUGAUCAUCACAAGAAAGCUGGUGCUAUGAACGCUCUUGUGCGAGUGUCUGCCGUUCUCUCAAAUGCACCCUAUCUUCUUAAUGUCGAUUGUGAUCACUACAUAAACAACAGCAAAGCUCUGCGAGAAGCCAUGUGCUUCAUGAUGGAUCCUACGUCUGGUCACAAAGUGUGCUAUGUGCAAUUUCCUCAAAGAUUUGAUGGGAUUGAUCGUCAUGACAGAUAUGCAAAUAGAAAUAUCGUUUUCUUUGAUAUUAACAUGAAAGGUUUGGAUGGCAUUCAAGGGCCAAUAUAUGUCGGAACAGGCUGCGUCUUCAGAAGGCGAGCCCUUUAUGGAUACAAUGCUCCCGUAAGAGAGAAACCUCCAGGAAAGACGUGCAACUGUUGGCCAAAGUGGUGCUGCUUAUGUUGUGGCGCAAGACGAAAGAACAGGAAAGCAAAGACUAAGGAGAAGAAGAACAAAAAGUUGAAGACAAGAGAGGCUUCUUCGCAGAUACAUGCAUUAGAUGAUAGUGGGGAUGGACUUGAAGCAAGCAGUGGUGUCAAAAAUUCCCUAUUACCUCAGACGAAGCUGGAGAAAAGGUUUGGACAAUCACCUGUUUUUGUAGCAUCAACUCUCAGGGAAAACGGUGGAACAAUCCAUGCUGCUGAUAGUGCGUCACUUCUGAAAGAAGCCAUUCAUGUUAUAAGCUGUGGCUAUGAAGACAAAACAGAAUGGGGAAAAGAGGUUGGCUGGAUAUAUGGCUCUGUAACUGAGGAUAUUUUGACCGGGUUCAAGAUGCACUGCCAUGGUUGGCGCUCUGUCUACUGCAUGCCCAAACGACCAGCAUUUAAGGGGUCUGCUCCCAUCAACCUCUCCGACCGUCUUCACCAAGUUUUGCGGUGGGCACUUGGUUCUGUAGAGAUUCUUUUAAGCAAGCAUUGUCCAAUCUGGUACGGCUAUGGAGGUGGCCUAAAGUGGCUCGAGAGAUUUUCCUAUAUCAACUCUGUCGUUUAUCCAUUGACUGCUGUGCCACUGGUUGCAUACUGUACAUUGCCAGCAAUUUGCCUUCUGUCUGGGAAAUUCAUCGUUCCUGAGAUUAGCAACUACGCGAGCAUCAUAUUUAUCGCACUAUUUGUGUGUAUUAUAGCAACUGGUGUGCUUGAGAUGCAGUGGGGUAAAGUCGGCAUUGAUGACUGGUGGAGAAACGAGCAGUUUUGGGUGAUUGGUGGUGUUUCUGCUCAUCUCUUUGCUCUUUUCCAAGGCCUGCUGAAAGUGCUCGCAGGAGUCGAUACUAGUUUCACGGUUACAUCAAAGAGUGGGGAUGAUGGUGAAUUCUCAGAGCUCUACGUUUUCAAGUGGACAUCACUGUUAAUUGCUCCAUUGACGCUACUGAUCAUCAACAUAAUUGGUGUUGUCUCGGGGAUAGCCAACGCCAUCAACAAUGGUUACGACUCAUGGGGUCCCCUCUUUGGGAAGUUCUUCUUUGCCUUCUGGGUCAUUGUUCAUCUCUAUCCAUUCCUCAAAGGCUUGAUGGGCAAGCAGAACAGAACGCCAACCAUAAUAAUUGUUUGGUCUAUUCUCCUGGCCUCGAUUUUUUCACUUGUAUGGGUACGAGUCAAUCCAUUUGUGAGCAAAUCAACUGGACCUGUACUAGAACUCUGUGGGUUGGACUGUGAUUAUAGCUAAGCUACAGCUCUGCGUUGGAUGGGACGAUUAUGGGGCAUGUGGGGAGCCUGCAGAAGAAUGCUACUUCCUCAGGAUGCUGAAUUGACCAAUGGUUUAUUUUUUAUCAUAAGCCGUGUGCUGACUGAAGGGAGCCAUGGAGACCUUUGUAGAUAAAAAAAAAAAAAAAAAUCUGGUCUGCCAUAUUUUUUAUGAUUACCCGCUGUUUAUCCAUUCUUUCCAUGCAUACGUGUUAAAAUCUCUUUUCAUUUUUCAAAUUUUUAUCUUCCUGUUAUUGUUGGUUUCAGGGGAGUAUGUAUUCAAAAGAGUUGUUGGACUAGAUAAAACUUGUGUCGGACCAUGUCAUUUUUCCCCCUUCCACUGAAGGGGUGGCUUAUAUCUAUUUCAUGAUCUCUGUUUUGAUUCGAUGGUA